UUUCUUUAAACGAUUUUAUUUGCCCUAGUAGUGAUGGGAAAACAGAACAGCAAACUUAAACCGGAGGGAAUGUCCGAUCUCCGUGAAAUGACCAGGUUCUCAACAAAGGAAUUGAAGUUAUGGUACAGGGGCUUCCUGCACGACUGUCCCAGUGGAACGCUAGAUAUAGAAGAGUUCAAGAAGAUCUACGGCACGUUCUUCCCGUGCGGAGACGCCGCGCUAUUUGCUGAGCACGUGUUCAGAACAUUUGAUGCUAACGGGGAUGGGUUUAUAGAUUUCAGGGAGUUUAUAAUUGCUUUGUCUGUCACCUCACGAGGGACACUUGAUGAGAAGCUGAAGUGGGCGUUCAGUAUGUAUGAUUUGGAUGGAAACGGUGACAUCUCCAAGGAUGAGAUGCUAGAGAUAGUGAUGGCUAUCUAUAAAAUGGUAAACAACACGGACAUGCCAGAGGACGAGAAUACGCCGGAGAAACGGGUUGACAAGAUCUACAGAGAGAUGGACAAGGACUCGGACGGGAGACUGUCGAUGGAAGAGUUUAUUGAGGGGACGAAGAAGGAUAUAAGUAUCGUGAAGCUGCUACAAUGUGAUGUUACUGGAGUGUAGAGUCGUUCUGUUAGAGAGUUAGAGUAUAAUCUCUAGGAAUGUAGAGAGAUGUUGCAGAUAGUUAAGGCUAUCUAUAAAAU